GCUCCUCCGCGGCGGCCCCGCACCAGCCCCGGCUCCUCCGACCCCCGCCCGCCACGGCCACGGAUUGUUUAGUCCUUGGGAAGUUGGUCUGGGUCCAGAUUUUCCUUUGAUCCUUUUUUUCUUUUUUUUUUUCUUUUUAAGAGAGAGAAGGGGGGGGGUGAAAGCCAAAGGAAAACAAAACCUGGAGACACAGAAAAGGGCUCUAGGAAAAAGUUUUGGAUGGGAUUAUGUGGAAACUACCCUGCAAUUCUCCGCUGCCAGAGCAGGCUCAGUGCUGCCUUCUCCCCAGCGGCGCAGCCCGCGCCGGGCGCUGCUGAGAGACGCCCGGGCCUCGGUGCCGCGCCGCCAGUGCCUGCUGUGCCGGAGCCCCUCGCCCCGCCGGCCCAAUGCUCCUCCUCGGGCUGCUCCUGCUGACAUCUGCCCUGGCCGGCCGGAGGCAGGGGGCCGUCGCCGAGUCCGAUCUCAGCAGCAAGUUCUCCUUCUCCGGCGCCAAGGAGCAGAACGGUGUGCAGGACCCUCACCAUGAGAAGAUAAUUACUGUGACUACUAAUGGGAGCAUUCACAGCCCCAAGUUUCCACACACAUACCCACGCAACACUGUGCUAGUGUGGAGAUUGGUAGCACUUGAUGAAAACGUAUGGAUACAGCUGACUUUUGAUGAAAGAUUUGGGCUUGAGGACCCAGAAGAUGACAUUUGCAAGUAUGACUUUGUAGAAAUUGAAGAGCCCAGUGAUGGCACUGUUUUAGGACGCUGGUGUGGUUCCAGUACUGUGCCAAGCAGACAAAUCUCCAAAGGAAACCAGAUCAGAAUAAGAUUUGUGUCUGAUGAAUAUUUUCCUUCUGAACCUGGAUUCUGCAUCCAUUACACACUUCUUAUGCCACACCACACAGAAGCACCCAGCCCAUCCCUGCUGCCCCCAUCAGCCUUGCCCUUGGAUGUGUUAAACAACGCCGUGGCUGGGUUUAGCACCGUGGAAGACCUUAUCCGCUAUCUCGAACCCGACCGGUGGCAGCUGGAUUUGGAAGAUUUGUACAGGCCAACGUGGCAACUUCUUGGGAAAGCAUACAUUCAUGGGAGGAAGUCAAGAGUGGUGGAUCUGAACCUCCUGAAGGAGGAGGCGCGGCUGUACAGUUGCACCCCGCGCAACUUCUCGGUGUCGCUGCGCGAGGAGCUGAAGAGAACGGACACCAUCUUCUGGCCGCUGUGUCUGCUGGUGAAACGCUGUGGUGGAAACUGUGCCUGCUGUCAGCAGAGCUGCAGCGAGUGCCAGUGCGUGCCAACAAAAGUCACCAAAAAAUACCACGAGGUUCUUCAGCUGAAGCCAAGGAUUGGUGUCCGGGGAUUGCAUAAAUCAUUGACAGAUGUACCCUUGGAACACCACGAGGAGUGUGACUGUGUGUGCAAAAGGAAUACUGAAGGAUAAACAUGAUAUAAUUGUGCUGUUUUCUUUCAAAGCACAUUCAAUCAAUGGCUGAUUCUAUUAUGGGGCUUGUGCAUUAUCUCCUUCUGUAAUCUCAGUUGUUUGCUUUGGGGAUCUUCCGUCUUGAAGAUUUAAAGUGAGCUCUAAAAAGAGGAGAAGCCAAACUGGGAUUAUAUGUUGUGUGACAGCUCUGUUUGGAGGCCCAGUGAAAGGAUGGGAGAAAGGCAUCAAUGAGGGAUUUAAAAUAUAUGUAUUGUUAUUGUUCCCCACAAUUUUCUUGGCAAUACAUGGAUUUAUAAUUUAGGAGUAAAAAAAUAGAUUUAGAAGGCUGACAUCAUGGAGACUUGAUCCUGCUGGCUGUCUCAUUUCUACAGCUCGAGUACAUCUGGCCUCUGGUUGAAAACACCUGAAAUCUUUCUGUGUCCAGCUACUCCUACGUACUCUAAAUCAAAGCGUUCUCUGUUGUAUAAACUUGGGUUAAAACAGACUGUCUUUUUCCGAAUUAAAUUUAAUUUGUCUAAUGCUGGUAGGAAGGACUGGAUUUUUCCAUAUGCUCUAGUAAAGCUCCUGCCUUUUAGAAGGAAGACUGGACAAUAAUGUGAGCUAAGGAAGCAAACAUUGAAAAGAUCAGUGCCUUUAUUCUUACUACUAUGGCUGAUGAUUUUUUUUUGUGUGUUUGUUAUUUUUUAUCGUGUACAUUUUUAUACUCUCCUUUUGACGAUAUAACUAUUUGCUUUUCUAAACUUGUUAAAUAUAUCUAUUUUUACCAAAGGUAUUUAAUAUUCUUUUUUUUAUUACAACCUAGAUUACAACUAUUUUUUAGUUUUGUGAGACUUUAAAGCCAGACUUAUACAGUUGGAGGAACAGAAAUGUGACUACGGUGGGAAAGAAGCAUGAUCUCUUUGCAGUUUGUUUCUACCAAGUGAAAAGUACAGUUUUUUUACUGAAUGCACCGUAAUAGUAGACAGAGAUGUGUGGAUGAAGCUCUAAGCUUGCUAGCUCCAUGAGACUAAAAAUAUGAGAGACAGAGGUUAUUAUAACCAGUUUCAAAAGUUGACUUUAAAAAUGCCCUCUCUCCAUACCAUUGUUUGUUAAGGUAGAAAAGAAAUGAGCAUAGAUGGAUGCAUUCUGGCUUGUUUAACUCUUUAAUUUCUUUAAAGGAGAAUGACCUACAAUGUAAGAAAAGGAACCAACGGCUUGCAGCCGUCAUGAUGCAUCAUGGUCAUGGGAAGGCAGCCUUGUCAGUGGUGAAGUGUAUGGUUUUCCAUUGACAGAAGCAGCUGCUUGAGUACUGUUCACUCACAGGAAUGUAACACUCUGCAGAGCAGUUUGAUGAACUCUACGGUAUCGUUCUUCUGUAUGUUUUUUUCUUUAACCCAUACACUUAUCCCACCCCAUGCAAAUUGAAACGGAAACAGUAAAGUAUUUUGCUUGUAAAAUGCUUUAACAUUAUGCCUAGUUUAUUUUUUUUUUUUGACUAUUGGAUUUUCAGAUUGUAAUGAAUCACAAAAUAAAGUAAUAAUGCUAAUUUUGGGAGAAUAAAUGUUUCAGUGU